AAUACUUGCGGAAGCACAGAGUGGAAUGUUGAUACAUUGUUGUUGUUUUGUAGUUAAUUUAGUACGGGGAUACAUUUCGGUUCGACUGCUGGACGCCUUUCAGAAUUGCGACAAGUAACUUCCACCCGUAUAGGACGGCAACUUCACAAGCUUUACGCUUUGCAGACGGAGAAUAUCCGCGUUCAUAAGUGUUGACAUCUGUGGGAUUCUGGCCAGUUUAUGCAUGCAGGGUAUGACGACUCAGUUUAAAGCAAACAAGACUUUAAAGGUUAAGAAGGAGGUGGGUGAGAAUGCCCCGGCCCUCAGUGAUGAUGAGCUGGUGGUCAUGUCGGUGCGUGAGCUCAACACACACCUGCGCGGGCUGACCAAGGAGGACGUGGUGCGGCUGAAGCAGCGGCGGAGGACCCUGAAGAAUCGCGGCUACGCCGCCAGCUGCCGCAUCAAGCGGGUCACCCAGAAGGAGGAGCUGGAGAGGCAGAAGCAGGAGCUGCAGCACGAGGUAGACAAGUUGGCCCGGGAGAACGCCAGCAUGAGGCUAGAGCUGGAUGCCCUACGCGCCAAGUAUGAGGCCCUGCAGUGCUUUGCCCGGACUGUCACAUGUGGUCCUCUCUCACCAGGCAAGGUGGCCACCACCAGCGUUAUCACCAUCAUCAAGUCUACUAACAACCACAACUCCAGCCCAACCUCCUUCUCAGCCCCCUCCUAGUGCUGACAGGACUGGGCUCUCGUCUCCCCGUCCCGCCUGGUCCUUACCGGUUCCGACCCGAUCCAGCCUGAAACCAAUGGCACCCGACCCAUGCUGAGAGGAAGCUCAGUAAUUCGACUGAGGGAAGGGGGUGGGGUGGCCACAAGCUCUGUGUGAUGAUAACAACAUGAUGCUGCAUUCAUUCUCUACUCUCUUUCUCUCACAUACUGUACAUAAUCUACAUUGUCUGUGCACUGUGCCACAACCUCCCCAGCACCGGCAGGGCAUUGGGCCUCUCUGACUGACGGCAGAGAUUAGCUCAUACUACAGUGCGAGUGGGUACUUGAUAUUAUACCCUGUGAUGGCAGCACUGGUCUGAGACCGCUCUGAUGCCUGUGGUAUCUUGCAUUUACAGAGUAUAAAGUAAUAUAUUAUUGUAAUAAUUACCGUAUUAAUACAUUAUGAAUAUUUUAAAUAACACAAAAAAACGCUGAUCUAAGCCUAAAAGCCUUCUUUCUUCUGUAUAUGAGAGUAUAUACUAAUGUCUCAAUGGAAAUUGAGGCAUUGAAGCUUUUGCCUUAAACUGAUCUAGGAAUGAUCUCUCAGUAAUAUUCUUUUUUUGUCACACUCAUGCAGUAUGUUCAAUAAUUUAAGCUUUUAUAUUUCCAAUUUCAAGGGCAGCUUGAUAACCGUAAAAAAAAACAAAAAAAACAAUACAGUGGGGCAAAAAAGUAUUUAGUCAGCCACCAAUUGUGCAAGUUCUCCCACUUAAAAACAUGAGAGGCCUGUCAUUUUCAUCAUAGGUACACUUCAAC